GAGCAGUACCGCAAACAAAAUAUUUCAAAUUCUAAAAGCAGCCGGUCGAACUGCAGUGAAGUGGAAUCGGAGCUGAAACACCCCAAGCGCGAGAAAGACUGUGGCCCGCCACUGCGUUAAGAGGUUACCGGUAUAGUUAUGUCAAACACAUCAUAUUAGGCGAUUUCUGAAGCUGAGCCUGCGAAGCACUCUUCCCUUUUCACUUUUUGGAGCGCAGUGGGCAGAUUUAAUUAAUGCUGUGGUGUAUGUUGACUAUAUAUUAUAAGAUAAAUGGUAUUUUGGAGACCUUAGCAUUGAGAAAAUAAAUAUUGGAGGACCUGACCAGUCGGACAUCGAAAAAAAAACUAUACAUGAGAGGACUGUUAUGAAGAGGGAUUGAAAAAGGACGACGCAAAAGGCUGUAACGCUUUGAAGUUGGCGAGACCCGACAUCAAUCUCUGACCGGAUUUCAAUAGGCCCACGGAAUUAAUUAUUGGAUACUUCGGACGGAACCUCUAGUGUUCGUUUUAUGUAAAUGGAGAACAAUAUAUAUUUACAUGUAGGCUAUUAUUAAAACCAAGCUAAACGCAGUACCCUGGAAAGUCCAUUCACAGGAAUAUAUAGCGGUGUAAUACAGAAUGAAAUAGACUACUACGGAUCAACAUUAUACCAAAAAUAUUUCCGAAGAGACGUUUGAAUUUCCUCUGAAAUGGACUGACAUCGAUUAACACCAAACAUAUAUCGAUAAGAUAAUGACCGGCAAUUUAUAGGCUGUGUUAUAAAAUAAAUGAACAUUUAUUUAAACACUUUAUUGGGACUUCAUAUUUGAGAAAAUGCAUAACGAUAAGUAACUGUUGGUUGUUCACGUGGGCAAGAUUCAUUCCGAAAGUGGUGAUAUCCUCUCUUGUGAGAAUUGAGUGUCCCUAAUCCGGUACCGGAGGCAUCUCGUGGUAACUCGGUAACUGCGGGAAGGCAGGAGUGCAGUUUGGAGAUAUCAGCAAAUAAACACACAGAAAAAAUGUGGCUGCGAAUUCUUCCCCAGGUGUUGACCAUCUGGGCAGUGGUGAUCUCCGGGACAACGGCUGACCUGACCUGUGAUACACUGCUCCUGCUGUCCACCAAUCUCACUGCACGUACGUUGGCACUGUGGAAUCUGACCCUCACGCCCAGCAAUGUCACUGCCGGCCUGUUCUGUAACAUGUCCAUCGAUCCCAUCGGUACCUGCUGGCCCAAGAGCACCGCAGGGGAGUGGGUGUCACGGCCAUGUCCAGAGAUGUUCUAUGGUGUCAAAUACAACACCACCAACAAUGUGUACAGAGAAUGCCUUUCCAACGGGUCCUGGGCGGUGAAAGGCAACUACACCCAGUGUCAAGAGAUUCUCAAUGAGAAAAAGAGCAAGCUGCACUACCACAUAGCGGUCAUCAUAAACUACAUGGGACAUUGUAUCUCUCUGGCAGCCCUGCUGGUGGCCUUCAUCCUCUUUAUGAGGCUGAGGAGUAUCCGCUGUUUGAGGAACAUCAUCCACUGGAACCUGAUCACAGCUUUCAUCCUGAGGAACGCCACGUGGUUCGUCGUACAGCUCACCAUGAACCCUGAGGUGCACGAGAGCAAUGUGUUGUGGUGCCGGCUUGUCACGGCAGCCUAUAACUAUUUCCACGUGACAAACUUCUUCUGGAUGUUUGGGGAGGGCUGCUACCUGCAUACAGCCAUCGUGCUCACCUACUCUACGGACAAGCUACGCAAGUGGAUGUUCAUCUGCAUUGGGUGGUGUAUCCCUCUUCCAAUCAUCAUCGCAUGGGCCAUUGGCAAGCUUUACUACGACAACGAAAAGUGCUGGUUUGGGAAGAAGGCAGGAGUGUACACGGAUUACAUCUACCAGGGCCCAAUGAUCCUGGUGUUGCUGAUCAACUUUAUAUUCCUCUUCAACAUUGUGAGAAUCCUAAUGACCAAGCUGAGAGCCUCCACAACCUCAGAGACAAUACAGUACAGGAAAGCAGUGAAGGCCACUCUGGUGCUGCUGCCUCUCCUGGGCAUCACCUACAUGCUAUUUUUCGUCAACCCGGGAGGGGAGGAUGAGGUCGCCCAAAUAGUCUUCAUCUACUUCAACUCCAUCCUGGAGUCUUUUCAGGGCUUUUUCGUGUCAGUGUUUUAUUGCUUCCUGAACAGCGAGGUGCGUUCUGCAGUUAGGAAGAGAUGGCACCGCUGGCAGGACAAGCAUUCAAUCAGGGCUAGGGUGGCGCGUGCCAUGUCCAUCCCCACGUCGCCCACGCGGGUCAGCUUCCACAGCAUCAAGCAGUCCUCGGCUGUUUGAGGACCAGCAACACUCUGCUUUGGCUGAACGCCCCCUUCUAACCUCUCACCGCCAACCACCCCUCCAACAACAACCACCCCUCCACAGAGCACCACUUUCCCCUCUUCUCUCCAAACCAACCGAGGGAAACAGCUACCGUGAUGGUUCACACAGGGUACACUUGGUCUGUAAACACAGACCUCACAUACCCCCUCCCAGGGUGCGGUGACCUCUGUAGUCUCUCGCCUGCUAAUACAUUGAGGUACGUUCGCUCAGUGCAUUCCCUCUGGAAGCUACAGACGGUCAGGAUGACAAUGGCCAAGCUAAGCAAUGUCAAGAACUGACUUUUUGCCAAAAGGCAGCACAGGGAAUUGGUACAAUCCCUGUGGCGUUGGCAGAUUCAGCUGAGAGGUGACUUUUGAUGUCAGUUUUUUUUUAUCACGUUUGUCAGUAAGUCCAGUGUUCUCUUAUUGUUUUUUAUUCUGCAAAAUCCAGAAGUUGGAGUCCAUAUGGAUGGAGUUGGAGUCCAUAAGAAUACUCAGAAAGUGGGAAGAAAAUGGUACUGGGGCACGUGCCAAAUACAUUAUCCCUGUUGGACUAACUGACCUGUUCAAGAUCAUUGACACAAACAAUUUGAUUCUUGUUCCUUUGCAUGUUUUUAUUUCCUGUGGAGCAAUUUUUGAACUUUGAGCUGGCUAUGCUUUCUGGCGCUGCAUCAUAAAGCGAAUGACCGCCAUGGACCAUUCAUUUCAUGUCUGUCCAGACUACUGUCUCUAGUAAACAUUCUCCCAUUCCUUCCUUCUGUUUUUCUGAUGAAUUAUUAUCUUCAUAGAGACCAUGUUCUGAUGUGAAAUCUUAGGCCACCAUUAAAGAUGGAUGCCUUCCCCGUUAUCCUUAUAACAACAACGAAGACAUUGUGCAAGCGGAAAAAACGUGAUGUGACAUCCAAGACUGUUACUAAUGGGAAUGGACUGUGAAAAUUGGUACACACCGUCAAAUCUACCUAGAGGACAAAACAGUUGUGUUUGUGUUGCCCAGUUCUUUCAGGAAGUAAGUAUUUAGCAUAACUCUCCUCAAACUGUGAGGACUUCUUCUCCUCCCUUUCAUCUUAGCCUUUUCCUGGGACUCAAACGUAAAGUUGGCUUAGAUAUAGUCAGACCUGGGGGGGGUGGGGGGUGAAGGAUGAGCAGCAGUUUAACAUCAAUAAGGCAUUUCACGCCUGAUAAGGUUUUUUUGAGGCUCAAGCAAAUACAAACACACACAUAUGGAGAGGACUUAUCAUAGGCUACAGUAUGAAGCAACUGAAUAUAUUUUUUCUGUUGCGUAAGGUUGUAAAAGGUGUUAAUUUUCAACCGAAUAAGCACUCCUUUAAAAAAAGCACUUUUAUUUAUUUCAAAUUCCAAAAUUACCAGGACUUUAAUAAUAAGAUAACGUCCACUUUAGUAUAUCGUCGUUGAAAGCUGGAUUGGGAGAAAUGCCAAUUAUUAAUAUCAUUUUUGGGGGGCUAGCCAUGUUAAGGUCUGAGAGGAACGUGGAUGUUUUUGGAUGCUUCAUCUCUGCAACUUGCAAAACGUAUCUAUACUAAAUCUUCAGACUAAAUCAUUUUGUUCUUCAAACUCUUUCUUGCCAUCAAACAGGUAAUAUGUUACAUUGCUAUUGUGUCAUAGAAGGUACCCAAAUGGGCACACACACUGGUUGAAUCAACAUCGUUUCCACAUCAUUUCAACAAAAUUACAUUGAACCAACAUGGAAAAGACAUUGAAUUGACGCCUGUACCCAGUGGGUACUGACAAUACUUUGCUGAAAUUCUGCAAAUCCUUUCAAAUUGAACCACCCAUUAUGAAGGACCAUAACACAUCUGAUCAUCAUUCCAAUUCCAGAACAUAAAACCAUUUAUCAGAUAUUGUCAUGCACAUAGCACAACUUUUUCAUUUUUUGAAUGACACACGAAUAAGUCAAAGUAACUAGGAAAAGAUUGACACUGUCUGGCAGAUGAUUGAGUGAAUGCUGACUUCUUGUGGUUUGUUCUGACAAAGGGGAAUAUAGUUAUACAUCUUCAGAUAGACGUUGUCUAGACAGGACCAGUCUCAAAUGUUUUGCAGUAGGAUUCCCCCCUCACUCUCUCUCUCUCGCUGAAAAAUAUUGUAAUUAUGAGUACAAAAGCUAAAAUAAUUCACAAUGAUCAGCUCCCCAAAAUGUCCCUUAUUUUUGUUGUUCUGUACAUUGGCUUAUGUGGGAGCCCUCCCAAAAAGCUUGUGAGCUUGAAGCUUGAAUCUCUGAGCUCAGAGAACCAGUUGGCUUCCACACACUACCCCACACAGCAUAGGAUGAAACCAAUUAAGACCAAAGUUUUCCUUGGUGUUGUUAAGAUAGCUCACCCCAGUAGGUAGAGCUGUGAGAGGACUGUGAGAGUUAUAAUGGCCUCACCCACAAGGACUUCUCAUCUGCCUCUCUCUCGUGCACGUGGUCUGCUAAUUAGCGUGGUCUGCUAAUUAGCUCUAUCUGCAGGGAAGUCACAGCUAGUUUGACUGAAAGCUGAGGGACAAUUCAGGAAAGAGAGAAUAGUACCCAUGCCUGUAUCCUGACACAGUUCCCUGCUGUGCAGCAUCUCUAUGAAUGAGCGAGUGAAUGGAAGAACUGAGAAUGAAAUGAAAAGGGCUUUUGUGGUAUAGAUAGAGGCAGGGAUAGGAACUGGGACUUGCUGGGAUUUGACUUAAAAUGUUCCCCCGGGCAUAGCCGCAUGAAGUAGGGGUAUUGAGGUUGCUGCAGCACCCCUGAUAAAUCUACAUUUAAAAAAGUAUAACUGUGAAAGCACCCUCACUCCAAAACAUCUUCCUGCGUCCACGCCCCCAGGCCAUAGUUCACAACCAGGGACCAGAAAGAGGGAUUGUUUUGAUGUUUUUCUUUAGGCUUUGAAAGGCAUAAAGUGCUGUAUUUGUUCAUACAGACUUUUGUGCUUAUUUGGAACACAAUUAUAAACAGUAUUUAAAAAAAAACUGGUUGAAUCGUCAUUUUAACCCAAAAAUUCAAUGUGGUGUUUUAUCAACGUGGCAAACUGAUUGGAUGUUUAAAUUGAUGGGAUUUUGGCCUUUAUCUCACACCAAUCAAAUGACAGGGUGGCAUAUUUGGUGGAUUUCACGUUGAAUUCACGUUAGUUGACAACUCAACCAAAUGAAUAUUAAAACGAGACAUUGAAGUGACUUCUGUGCCCAGUGGGUAUUCAGUUGAAAUGCAUCCAGAAGCGCAAACUGACAUUUAAACACCAAAAGAAAACAAACUGCUGUGUUUAUUUUUCAAAGUCAAACAAAGCCAAUCCUCUGUUGCCAGAUAUGUCUAUAGACAACAAAAAUGGUUUGAUCUGAAUCUUUUUUUCCUCCCGGUCCCUUUUGAUCAUUGGCAUAAAGCAGUCAGAAUAAAAUAUGUGAUUUCAUUGGCAAUGUUUACAGAUCGCUUUUUUUUUUGUCUAUAGACAUAUCUGGCAACAGAGGAUUGGCUUUGUUUGACUUUGAAAAAGUAAUAGUUCUAGAACGUAUUGUCAGGCAGAUGUAUCCUAAUCGCUGACAGAAACGAUCACAAGAAUCACAGAUGUGGCUUCAUCUAUGUCUGCUGAAGGCAGGCUGAUUUAUUUUUCAUGUGGAAAAUGUGAUAAAACUACUGUCCAACCCCAUCGAACAGAGCACAGUUUAUUCCACAAUCCCAUUGUUUAUGUACCUGUCAUGCUGUUUAACAAAUUGAAGAGAGAGAGAGAGAGAGAGAGAGAGAGAGAGAGAGAGAGAGAGAGAGAGAGAGAGAGAGAGAGAGAAUGUCUGGCGGUUGAUAUGUCAAAACGAACUCUUCGCUCACCCAGCCAGGGAUGCUACUGCCCUCCAACACACACCAUGUAUUCCUCAACAGCCAGGAUAAAUGACGAUAUUACAUUCAUGAGAUUAGAGGUUGGCCUGGAAUGGAAUUGCCAAUGUAUGAUAGUGUUAUGCAUUCCAAAUCCAGGUACCUGCCUCUGUCAUGAAAAUAUGUUCUCUCUUAACCAAAAUGAUUUACCCUGGAAUUCCAAAGUCAGUUGGUUCUCUGUUAUAAUGUUACAAGAACCCUGUUCUAUAUCACUGCUACCAGAUUUCCGAGACUUGUAUUCCAAACACUGAAUGUAAUUCUAUUUUGAACACAUAUUCCAGUUAUCAUAACCAAUAACCAGAUCCUAUUGAAAACUUUUUCAAUGAAAUGCAGUAUUUCAGUAUUUUGUAGCAAAUGGACAAUACAGCUAUUUUCAUUCCUUUUCCAGGAAACAGGAAUAUUUUAGUUAAUAAAAUAUUUUCAUGUAUACAGGUGCAUGGUCAGACUCCGAUUUUGAAAUUCUCAUUUUGCUAACUGACGUCAAUCCAGGGAAAGUCGUUUCUUGAGGCAGCCGUCAUUAUUACUAGUAUUAUUAUCAUCAUUCUAUAUACAGUAGAUGUCUCUCAAAGUGUGUCGUAGUCCUCAUACUUCUUUAAUAUAAUGCCGACAUUGAAAAUGGCUCCAGUAUACAGUACACAGACAGCUUCAUCGUGAAUUCCAGUUAUUUGCACAUAUGCUAUUAGUGUAAUCAGCUGUCAUUCCACUGCCUGUCAGCAACAUCAGUGUAAUCAAAUGUACUCUCGUUUUUCUUUGUCAUUUCCAAAAUAGUCGUGGUCACGGACAUCCUCCAAAGGCACAAGCUCAUCUAUCUAGUCUAUAGGCUGUUAUUAUUUCUCUUAAUUUCAAUAAGAAAGUCUGCUGCCGCCCAUUCUCUGUUUUGAUUGUUUAUUGGGUUUGAUUUGUUUCCUUAAAUUGUGCAGAGGGGUCUUGACCGAUUUCUCUCGAUGCAGUUAUAGUUACGAUAUAACAGCGAUGUAUGUAAGUGUUCUUUCUCGGGUAUUUACAAUGUGUUCGUCUUUUGUUGUGAAGGUGUAAGAACCAAAAAUAUGUGUAUUUAUUUAACUGUCUAAGGCACACAGAUUUUUUAAAAUAUUUAUCACAUUAUUUAAAGGGUACAGCUUUUAUUGAAGGACACAGGCCCACAUUACCUAUACUAUAGAUUGAUAAAUAAAUCUAAUUAUGUCCACAAUGUGUCUACUUAAGAUUUUGUGAUGGAAGGUGCGAUACGUAGUUUGAUGUCAUUUUUUUCACUUUUGUUGUUAUGUUUGAUAAUGUUGCAAUUCGUCUUCUUUCCUCUUUCAAAGUCCAAUAAGGAAAAAUGGUAUUUAUUAUGUUUAUGACUCUACUUGUUCAAUGUUGGAAGGCGUUAAGGAAUCGUACAUAGUCUGUAAAAAAAAUAUUUAAAAAAAGAAGCAAUCUAAUGAGAAAAAGUAUAUGUGGAGAGAGAUCAAGAUAUAUGGAACAGUGCUACUACAUAAAUUGUGCAUUAAAAUUGUUUUUUUUUAACAAACCCAAAACAUCUGUCACUGUUGACAUUGAGAUUGGUGUUUGCAGGUACUAUUUAAUGAAGCUGCCAGUUGAGGACCGGUGAGGUGUCUGUUUCUCAAACUUUUACUUGUACUUUUAACUUAAGAAUACUUUAGAAAAUAUAUUUACUUUUGAUACUUAAAACCAAGUACUUUUAGACUUUUACUCAAGUAGUAUUUUACUGGGUGACAUCAAUCUACACAGAAUAUUCUGUAAUUUCAAAGUGGAAGACAAAUAUGAAAAAUACAACACGAAUAUCUUGAUUACGUAAGUAUUCCACUCCCUGAGUCAAUACAUGUUGGAAUCACCUUUGGCUGUUGAUUAUUGCUUAGACAGCCAAUUUCAAGUAUUUCCGUAGAGUUGCAUGCCGAUUUAAAUCAACAUUUUAACUAGCCCACUCAGGAACAUUUAUUGUCGUCUAGGUAAGCAACUGCAGUGUAUAUUUGGCCUUGUGUUUUACGUCAUUGUCCUGCUGAAAGGUGAAUUCUUCUGUUGGAAAACAGACUGAUAAAGGUUUUCCUAUAGGAUUUUUUACAGUAGCUCUAUUCCGUUUACUUUUAUCCCCAAAAAAUCUCCUUUAGUCCAAGCCAAUUACAAGCACACAGGGUGAACUACCUGAGCGGUUUCCUUCCUCUCGGCAAAUCAGUUAGGAAGGACGUCUGUAUCUUUGUAGUGACUCUGUGCUUUAUGUCAAAGGGUAAUUAAUUACUUCACCAUGCUCAAUGUCUACUUUUUUUUAUGUUUACCCAACUACCAAAAGGUGCCCUUCUUUGUGAGGCAUUGGAAAACCUCCCUAAAACUGGGUUUGAAAUGCACUUCUCAGCUGAGGGACCUAACAUAUGUGUGGGGUACUGAGAUGAGGUAGUCAUUCAACUCAUGCACACUGUUAUUGUACACAGAGUGAGUCCAUGCAUCCUAUUAUGUGACUUGUUACAAACAUUUUUACUCCUGAAUUUAUUUAGGCUUGGAAAGGGGUUGAAUACUUAUUGACUAAAUACAUUUCAGCUUUUCAUUUUAAAUGAAUUUGUAAAAGCAUAUUUCCACUUAACAUUAUGGGGUAUUAUGUGUAGGCCAGUGACACAGAAUCUCAGUUUAAACAAUUAUAUAUUCAGGCUUUUACACAACAAAAUGUGGAAAAAGUCAAGGGGUGUAAAUACUUUCUGAAGGCAAUGUAUCAGAAAGAUCGGAAAUACAUACACUUUGGUUGAAGUCAAUAAAUCUCAUUCUUCAACCACUCCAAAAAUGUAAUGUUUAACAAACUAUAGUUUUGGCAAGUCGGUUAGGACAUCCACUUUGUGCAUGACACAAGUAAUUUUUCCAACAAUUGUUUACAGAAAAUAUUAUUUGUCUUAUAAAUUCCCUGUAUCACAAUUCCAGUGGGUCAGAAGUUUACAUACACUAAGUUGACUGUGCCUUUAAACAGCUUGGAAAAUUCCAGAAAAUUACAUCAUGGCUUUAGAAGCUUCUGAUAGGCUAAUUGACAUCAUUUGAGUCAAUUGGAGGUGUAUCUGUGGAUGUAUUUCAAGGCCUACCUUCAAACACAGUGCAUCAUGGGAAAAUCAAAAUAAAUCAGCCAAGACCUCAGAAAAAAAUUGUAGACCUCCAUAAGUGUGGUUCAUCCUUGGGAGCAAUUUCCAAACGUCUGAAGAUACCACGUUCAUCUGUACAAACAAUAGUAUGCUAGUAUAAACACCAUGGCACCAAGCAGCCAUCAUACCGCUCAGGAAGGAGAUGCGUUCUGUCUCCUAGAGAUGAACGUACUUUGGUGCAAAAAAUGCAAAUCAAUCCUAGAACAACAGCAAAGGACCUUAGGAAGAUGCUGGAGGAAACAGGUACAAAAGUAUUUAAAUCCACAGUAAAAAUGAGUCCUAUAUCGACAUAACCUGAAAGGCUGCUCAGCAAGAAAGAAGCCACUGCUACAAAACCGCCAUAGAAAAGCCAGACUACGGUUUGCAACUGCACAUGGGGACAAAGAUCAUACUUUUUGGGGAAUUGUCCUCUGGUCUGAUGUAACCAAAAUAGAACUGUUUGGCUACAAUGACCAUCUGUCCGUUUGGAGGAAAUAGGGGGAGGCUUGUAAGCCUAAGAACACCAUCCCAACCGUGAAGCAAGGGGGUGGCAGCAUCAUGUUGUUGGGGUGAUUUGCUACAGGAGGGACUGGUGCACUUCACAAAAUAGAUGGCAUCAAGAGGCAGGAAGAUUAUGUGGAUAUAUUGAAGCAACGUCUCAAUGGGUCUACCGAAUGGACCCCAAGCAAUUUUCCAAAGUUGUGGCAAAAUGGCUUAAUGACAACAAAGACAAAGGUAUUGGAGUGGCCUUCACAAAUAUAUGAAAAUAUGUGAGCAGAACUGAAAAAGCGUGUGCGAGCAAGGAGGCCAACAAACCUGACUCAGUUACACCAGCUCUGUCAGGAGGAAUGGGCCCAAAAUUCACCCAAUUUAUUGUGGGAAGCUUGUGGAAGGCUACCCAAAAUGUGUGACCCAAGUUAAACAAUUCAAAGGCAAUGCUACCAAAUACUAAUUGAGUGUAUGUAAACUCAAAAAGGCCCACAGGGAAUGUGAUGAAGGAAAUAAAAGUUUAAAUAAAUCACUUUCUGCUAUUAUUCUGACAUUUCACAUUCACACAAUAAAGUGGUGAUCCUAACUGACCUUAGGCAGGGAAUUUUUAUUAGGAUUAAAUGUCAGGAAUUGUGAAAAACUGUGUUUACAUGGAUUUGGCUAAGGUGUAUGUACACUUCCGAGUUCAACUGUAUACUGUAUAAAUACUGUCA